UUAAGCUUAAGUAGGAGGCAUUGCAACUUUUACCCUUCACUAAUUUUUUUUUCCCUGUGCAGUUUCAUGAUGAUCUGCCUGCACAGAAAUUUUUCAGUACUUUUGGUGGUAGUUAGUGGAGUAGUAGUGGAAGAGUUUAUUAGUGUAAUUAAUAUAGAUAGUUAACUAAGUAAAUAGUAAAUAGACUAUGGGUAUUUUAGAGAAGAUCCAACAGAUCGAGCAGGAGCUUUCAAGGACUCAAAAAAAUAAAGCCACCGAAUAUCAUAUUGGGUUAUUGAAGGGGAAAUUAGCUCGGUAUCGUCGAGAAUUACUUGAACCUCUGGCAGGAGGUUCUUCAGGUGGUGGACAAGGAUUUGAAGUUGCAAAAGCAGGGGAUGCUCGUGUAUCACUUAUUGGGUUCCCCUCGGUUGGUAAAUCGUCAUUUUUAAAUAAAGUAACCAAUACAAAAUCAGAAGCAGCUAAUUAUGAGUUUACUACUUUAACUUCAGUUGGAGGUAUUCUUGAAUAUAAUGGAGCUGAAGUUCAAAUUGUGGAUUUACCAGGGAUUAUAAAGGCAGCAUCUCAGGGGAAGGGGAGAGGUAGACAAGUGAUUGCUGUAUCACGAACUUCAGAUUUAAUUCUCAUGGUCCUUGAUGCUACUAAGAGUGGAGAUCAAAGACAAAUCUUAGAAAAUGAAUUGGAAUCUAUGGGGAUAAGAUUAAAUAAAGAAAGACCAAAUAUUUCUCUUAAACUUAAAAAGACAGGUGGUGUUAAAAUGAAUUCCACCAGUCCUCCCAAAUAUUUAAAUGAGAAGAUUGUUAGUGCUUUACUUAAAGAUUAUAAAAUCCAUAAUGCCGAUGUGCUUAUUCGAGAUGAGAAUUGUACCAUUGAUGACUUUGUGGAUAUCAUUAAUGAUCAAUAUAUUUCUUACAUCAAAUGCUUAUACGUUUAUAAUAAGAUUGAUGCGGUAUCAUUAGAAGAAUGUGAUAGAUUAGCUCGAGAACCCAAUACAGUAGUAAUGUCAUGUGAAAUGGAUUUGGGAAUAGAAGAUUUAAAGGAAGAGAUAUGGAGAAAAUUGGAUUUAUUAAGAUUAUAUACUAAAAGAAGAGGUGUACAACCUAAUUUAGAUGAUCCGAUGGUAGUAAGAAAUCAUUCCUCUAUUAAAGAAGUUUGUGAUAGUAUUCAUAGAGAUAUGAAGAAUCAAUUUAAGUAUGCAUUGGUGUGGGGGUCUAGUGCUAAGCACUCACCCCAAAAAUGUGGAUUGGGUCAUCCAGUCCAUGACGAAGAUGUUGUAGAAAUAGUUACCAAGUAGAGUAGGUGUACAGAAAAAUGAAUGUUUUGAUUAGCGCGUCAGUA